UAACAAGAAAUAAUAAUAAUUGAGACCCAACACAGAACCUCAUCCUUGUCCUUCAAUCCCUAACGACGCCUUCUUCUCUUUCGUCUUCUUCUUCCCCAUAGGAAAGUCCGGCCGCCACAUCGCCGGCGCACGCAGGGCUAUAAAUACAGAUAAUACGUACGAUUUUCGAAGCUUCAUUCAACCAUGGGGGCCGUAAAAGAUUCAGACCCGUCGUUGGGCUACCUUACGAGAAAAGACACGGAGGUGAAGCUUCCGCGUCCGACCAGAGUCAAGAACAAGACGCCGGCGCCGAUCCAAAUCACCGCCGAGCAGAUCCUCCGGGAGGCCCGCGAGCGCCAGGAGGCCGAGAUCCGGCCGCCCAAGCAGAAAAUCACCGACGUUACCGAGCUCAACGACUACCGCCUCCGCAAGCGCAAGGAGUUCGAGGACCUAAUUCGCCGCGUGCGAUGGAACACGAGCGUCUGGGUGAAGUACGCCCUGUGGGAAGAGUCGCAGAAGGACUUCAAUCGGGCUCGCUCCGUCUGGGAGCGAGCCCUAGAGGUCGAUUACCGCAACCACACGCUCUGGUUGAAGUACGCCGAGUUCGAGAUGAAGAACAAGUUCAUCAAUCACGCCAGGAACGUUUGGGACCGGGCCGUCGCGCUCUUGCCUAGGGUUGAUCAGCUGUGGUACAAGUACAUUCACAUGGAGGAGAUCCUCGGCAAUGUUGCAGGCGCCAGGCAAGUCUUCGAGCGAUGGAUGAAUUGGAUGCCGGACCAGCAAGGUUGGCUCUCCUACAUCAAAUUCGAGCUUCGGUACAAUGAAAUCGAUAGGGCUCGAUCAAUUUUCGAGAGGUUUGUGGAUUGUCAUCCCAAAGUAACAGCCUGGAUUAGGUACGCAAAGUUUGAGAUGAAGAAUGGGGAGAUCAAUAGAGCCAGGAACUGCUAUGAGAGAGCUGUUAGUAAGUUGGCUGAUGAUGAAGAGGCUGAGCAGUUGUUCGUGGCGUUUGCUGAGUUUGAGGAGCGGUGUAAGGAGACUGAGAGGGCGAGGUGUAUAUACAAGUUUUCACUGGAUCACAUUCCCAAGGGCCGUGCUGAGGAUUUAUAUAGGAAGUUUGUCGCAUUCGAGAAGCAGUACGGGGAUAGGGAAGGGAUUGAGGAUGCCAUUGUUGGGAAGAGGAGGUUUCAGUAUGAGGAUGAAGUGAAGAAGAAUCCACUUAAUUAUGAUUUAUGGUUUGAUUACAUUAGGUUAGAAGAGAGUGUGGGUAGUAAAGAUCGUGUUCGUGAGGUUUAUGAGCGGGCAAUUGCCAAUGUUCCUCCUGCUGCAGAGAAGCGGUACUGGCAAAGAUACAUUUACUUGUGGAUUAACUAUGCAUUAUAUGAGGAGCUUGAAGCAGAGGACAUGGAGCGGACUAGAGAAGUGUAUAGGGAAUGUCUGAAGCUGAUUCCUCAUGAGAAAUUUUCAUUUGCAAAAAUGUGGUUGUUGGCUGCGCAGUUUGAAAUUCGACAAUUAAACCUCAAAGGUGCACGCCAAAUUCUUGGUAAUGCUAUUGGGAAAGCUCCCAAAGAUAAGAUAUUCAAGAAGUAUAUUGAGAUAGAGUUACAACUAGGCAACAUAGAUCGUUGCCGAAAGCUGUAUGAGAAAUAUCUGGAAUGGGCCCCAGAGAACUGUUAUGCAUGGAGCAAGUAUGCUGAGUUGGAGAGAUCUCUUAGUGAAACUGAGAGGGCCAGAGCUAUUUUUGAGCUCGCAAUAGCACAACCUGCAUUGGACAUGCCAGAGUUGCUGUGGAAGGCAUAUAUUGAUUUUGAGAUAGCAGAAAAUGAAUAUCAAAGAACUCGAGAACUUUACGAGAGGCUAUUAGACCGCACAAAGCAUUUGAAGGUAUGGAUUAGUUAUGCGAAGUUUGAGGCGUCUUCUAUGGAAGAGGAUGUCCCCAGCUCAGACUUGCCAGAAGAUGGUGCCCAGGAAUCCCUCAGUGAUCAGAAGCAGCUAUGCCUUCAGCGUUCAAGAAGGGUGUUUGAGAGAGCAGUUAACUACUAUAGAACAUCUACACCUGAAUUGAAAGAGGAAAGGGCAAUGCUUUUGGAGGAAUGGUUGAGCAUGGAGAGUAGUUUUGGCGAGCUUGGUGAUGCUAAUUCAGUCCGAGCUAAAAUGCCAAAGAAACUCAAGAGGCGGCGGCAAAUAGAAACGGAGGAUGGUCCAACUGAGUACGAGGAAUACAUAGAUUACCUGUUUCCUGAGGAAACCCAGACCACAAAUCUCAAGAUCUUGGAAGCAGCUUACAAGUGGAAGAAACAGAAAGUUGCUUUGGAUGAUGAGGAUUAGCCGUCUCAGCCACGACGGUUGGACUGUGUUUUUUUUGUUGGUUGUAGGCUGACUUGUGUAAAUACUGUGUGUGUUGUUUUCAGAGCUUAAAGAUCUUGUUUCUGAAUCACUAGUCUUCUGAAUUGGAAGGAAUCCCCACUCAUCACUCUUAUGUGAUUCAUUGUUCUAGAA